CCAGCUUCUUCGCCCUCUUCUCUGGUGAUCCUCCCUUAUCUCUUACACGGUCUCUCUUACACGGUCUCUCUCUCUUUCUCUCUCUCUCACACACACUCGCUCUCCGCCCUUUUCUCUGCAUGCCGUCCCAUUUUUACCUCCUUCUCUACAACAGUCAACUCGAGUUGCGCAGCUAUUCCUCAUCAUACUCGGGCCACUUAAAUCUGCAAGUGCUUCAACAUGGAAGUCACCAAGACUGCGACCUUCGGCCUUGCGCCCGUGGCCAUCGAACCGCUGGCGAGCUUCUACCUGGCCGCUCUCACGGAAAUCCAACAAACCUACCACCGAUUGCCUGCCAUUGCUGAGCUGGAUUUAAGAUUUACCCCUGUUUCCGGUCAAUCCGAGAUAACUGGUGGAAGUCUUGUCUUCCCAUUCCUACUGUCCGCGACCGAACGCACCACUCUCGACCAAAGGAAGUCAGGCUUUGCCAACGUGGUUCAUGCCUUGUCGACCCAGACUUUGUUUGUCGGAAUGAACCUGGAAGUCAAGGUUGUUUUCAAGCUUUGAACUACAAAAACAGGAAUUGGCAACG